AUGUACCAGGAGACUUCUCGUCAACCACCAGUGGAUACAGGUAUGAGGAAAAUCUACGGCAGAUUAUGGAAACUACCAACGGUUCCAAGAAUCCGUCAAUUUCUGUUGAAAGCCAUCUCCAAUUUUCUAUCUACUAAAGACGUGUUGGGUAGUGCAAUUGUGGGUGAUGAUACUCUAUGUCCACUGUGUGAACUUCAAGAGGAAACCGCAACGCAUCUAAUACUGCACUGUAAUUUUUCUAGAGCAGUAUGGUUUGCAGUGUUGGGCUGGACUUCUGAUAACAAUGGUUCUCUCUCGGAAUGGAUUAUUAGUUGGUUCGAUAGCCUGUUCAAUGGUACAAUCACAGGAAAUGAUCUAGUUAGUAGAGCAAUCAUUGCCUGGAAUAUUUGGAUGGAAAGAUGUGCAAAAGCUUUCAACAACAGUAAUGCUUCUCCGGAUGCAAUUAUUCAGAAAUGUAAGAACAUGGUUUCUGAACACUCAAACAGGAUUACAAUUCCCUCUCAGCUUACUCCUAGAAUUAAUCUUCAAAAUGUUAAUUGGAUUCCUCCUCCAAUUAGUUUUUUGACUUUAAAUUGUGAUGGUUCUUUUGAUUAUAAUAAUCUUUUAGGUGGUAUUGGUCUAAUAAUAAGAAAUUUUGCAUGUAUGCAACAAGAAGCAAGGUGCAUUAGCAUGAAUGAAGCUAGGAGUGCAGAACAGGUCGAAUGUAUGGGUUUGUGGAGCUCGGUGCAAUGGGCAAAGGAUUUAAAGCUUGAACGAGUUCACUUUGAAAUGGACGCUAAAGUGGUAGUAGACGCUGUCAAUAACGACAAUAGUGCCAUGGAUUGGAGACUUCUUAAUAUUAUUCUAGACAUUAAAAAUCUUUUUCAAAUUUUAGUUCUUGGAAACUCUCUUAUGUUCCUAAAGAGAGAAAUAAAGUAG